AUGGAGCUGCAUCCAGAAAGCAUCUACGGGGAGAUCACUGCAGAGGGGGCGGCACAAGUCGCUGCGCGCCUCCGCCUCCAGGACUUUGGUGAAAAGGAGGCUGCAGCCGAGCUGGGCAGUGGCGCGGGCCGCUGUGCCCUGGCGCUGCUCCAGCAAUCGCAGGCUGCUUCCAUCGUCGGGGUGGAACUGGCCGCCGCGCGGCACGACGCGGCUAUGCUCCUUGCUGGAAGCUGCCUGAAGGAAUGGACACGGCUGGACACGAAGGAGGGGGCCACGUGGUUCCGUGACGGCCGAAGUUACUGCUUAAUCCGUGGAGACAUACUGCAGACCUGGCGUGAUUGGUGCCACGUCACUGCAGUCUUUACCAGCUCAUUGUGUUUCCCUGCCGCGGUGAUGGACACACUUUCUAGGCAGAUGCUGCCCCAUGCGCUCACCUUCGGCUUGACAGAUGUUCUACGCUGUCCCAUGUCCUGGAAAUCCCAUGGCAGCGCCGUCUACGUCUACGAGCUUCGCAUGUAUCGGUCCUUGCUGGAGGAGCCGCUGGCGGCGCUGUUCGGCACCGAAGAGCCGCCAGGUCGCCUGGGCACUGCGACGGAAAAACUGAGAGCAGGAAAGCUUGCCCAGCUCUUGCUCUCCUCCCUGCUCCCCUUCUGCGGAUCGCUGGAAAAAGGCAUUAAGGCGUCGGCUUUCUGA